AUGGGUUACUUGUACAAGUACUUGAAGGAAACAAACAGGGCUGAGUAUGUGUCAUUUGUGGAUCCAAAAAAAAUACCAACCGCUCAAGAUGACAGUACCUCUUCACAACACAUUGCUAAUCAAUUGGAAGCAUCAAACGGAGACAGCAUAUGCCUUAUCCAAUACAACACUGGGUACCACUGGAUCUUGACCGUUAUAAACGAGGACAAAGAUACAAUUUAUUUGUUGGACUCAAUGGGUAAUAGGAACCGAGAUGACGCUUGGAAAACUACAGUGUGCAAUGGAGUGAGGAUGUACCUUUGUAUGAGGGGUAAUCCAAAACGACCAACUUUCAAACAGUUGACGGGUAAUCUAAAACAACAAGGUUGUGUUGAAUGUGGAUAUUGUGUCAUGCGGUACAUGAAAGAGAUUGUUGAAUGUGAGGAUCUACAGUUGGAGACGAAGUUUGCAGGUUGUGUGAAGAACCAGUACUAUACGCAGACACAAUACGAUGAAGUGAGAAUUGAAUGGAGUGAAUUUGUGUACUCGUUCUUGGGUGUCUGA